UCAGAAUACUAGUAACACUCUCCCACUUGACUCUUCACUAAACAAUAAGGGAUCCCUCCAAUAAUUUUUAUUUAUUUUACAGAAAAUGAUAAAGUUUUCUACUACAUGCAUUUUGAUUCAAGAAGCUCCUCAUUUUUUCAAAUAAAUUUUCCUGUCUUUUAUUUACUGUCACUUUUGUUUUCCCUUUUUUCUUCUUGGAUUUCUGAUUUCUUUUUACAAAACCCUAGGUUUUUCAAGUCUAGGGUUUUGUUUUCCUUGAUGAAUUCAUGGCUGUGUGUGCUACAAUUUCCUAAAAGCUUCUACUUUGUUUGGGUUUUUGAGCUUUUCAUAGUUCAUCUUAUUUUCCUGGGUUUCUGUUGAAGCUCCUUGGGGUACUUAAGUUUUAUUUAUUUUGAAAGGAACCCCAUCUUUGAACUUCAUUAUGUUUGCUUUAUAGCAUUUAUGGUUAAAAAGGGGAGUCCUUUGAAGCAGAUAUUUCAAAUUCUGUAGUUGUUUUUGUUGGUAUAUUUUUCUCCACUUGUCGAAAAACCAUGGUAAAACCCUUUUCUCAAAACGUCUUCUUUGUUUCAAUUUUGAAUCAGUUUAGUUCUGGGGUUAAAAGGCUUUAAUAAAUACACAAAUUUUUGGUACAAAAAAAGAGGUUCUUUUUUUUUUUCCUACUUAAAUUGUGUUUAAUUCCUCACUAGUAAAUGCAUGGAUGGGAGAGAAGCUAUGGCAUUAUCAGGCGGGUCAUCUCCUUAUUAUAUUCAUAGAGGGGUUGGUGGGCCUAGUUCUGGAUCUGUGACACCCACUGGCAUAUCUGCAUUUUAUUCUCAACAAGGGUUCAGGCCCCCAUCUAACCCCCAGGUUCAGCUUCAGUCAAAUAUUGGAUCAACAUUUACAGGGGAGCCUAAAAAUGUCAGUUUCCCUCAUGGCAUUGAAAUGGGUGUCUCCUCUGGGAUGCCACCGGGGGAGCCGGUGAAGAAAAAGAGAGGAAGGCCCCGGAAAUAUGCUCCUGGUGGGCAGGUUUCAUUGGGACUUUUGCCAUUGCCUUCUAAGCCUGAGUCUUCAUCAGGCUUAGAUGCUACUGGCCAAAAAAGAAAGAAAGGCCGUCCUCCUGGGACUGGGAGGAAGCAGCAAUUAGCAACUCUAGGUGAAUGGAUGAACAGUUCGGCAGGGCUGGCCUUUGCUCCCCAUGUUGUCACUGUUGGAAUUGGAGAAGACAUUGUAGCAAAAAUGUUGUCCUUUUCACAACAAAGGCCAAGAGCUGUCUGCAUCUUAUCAGGCAGUGGUACAGUUUCCUCUGUAACCCUACGUCAACCUGCAUCUUCUACUCCUACUGUGACAUAUGAGGGCCAGUUUGAGAUAUUAUGCUUGUCCGGUUCUUACUUACUAGCCGAGGAUGGUGGACCACGCAGUCGAACAGGGGGCAUAAGUGCUUCACUUUCUACUCCUGAUGGUCAUGUCAUAGGCGGUGGCAUCGCAACAUUGAUUGCAUCAAGCCUAGUUCAGCUGGUAGUUUGCAGCUUUGUUUAUGGGGGAUCUAAAACAAAGAACAAGCAACUGGCUAGCCCAAAAGCAGAGGAGGCUGUGCCCCAGCGCUGCGGUGACUCAACUAUGCCAACAACUGCACCUUCAACUCAACAUUUCAUUCCCCCUUCUAUGAGUGCUUGGCCCGGUUCACGGCCAGUUGGUCUGAGAAACCCUCACGCAGAUAUUGACUUGAUGCGAGGAUGAGCACUGCAUUCGCGUACAUACUUGUUGUACAUGUACUGAAUCUUUGAGAAGUACGAAAAAAAUUAAAAUCUUCCCCAUCCGCCCAAUAGGUGCAACAGGGUUGCUAACUUAGAUUGUAACAAAGCCACUGUGAGUUUGUCUAGUUUGUAGGGCGAAGAUAUAUUGUCUGUGGUAACUGUGAAAUCCAUCUACUAUUAUCUGCAACAUUUCAAAGUUGGAUGAAAAACAAGAAAACUGUCAACACACAGCAAUGAAGCUAUUCUACAUGGCUGUCAGGCAUGAUAAAAGGGUCUAAAAUCCGGAAUCCAUUUGUAACUCAAAGCUUCUGUUAAUGGUAUUUUUUAUUUUCUUUCA